AUGAACCAUUUAAACGUUAUAACUGAUGAAGAAUUUGUACCAUUUCUGCAUGGCUUAGGUGUUGAAACUUACAAAAAGUCCUUUGAAUGGCUGUUGCACGAUUCGGACUUCGCUGAUGUAUUAAAGUGGCUGUAUGUAAAUUUAGAUCACAACAACGCUUUAAGUGCCCGUGAAGAAUAUAGGUAUGUAGAAAUAGAAAAAAGAAAAUGUCUCUUGUCACCUGAUGAAUUAGAAGCAUCUAUUUUAUCUAUUCAGGAACAGUUUGAAGGAAUAUGUCUACCAGGUGACCACGAGUCUAUGGAGGAUGUAAAAUUGGACAUUAAAAUGCAAAAAGAAAGACUUUCUAUGUUGGAGAAGCAUGAAUCGUCGAUUAAAGAUUUAAUAAAACAAAAUCAUGCAAUUAAAGAAGAACUGGACAUAGAGACAACAAAACUAAGCGCGUCACAGAGACAAUGUUUGGACGAUGGAACUGCCUUAGGUGAGCAUUGCAUCACAUUGGCAGAGGAGGUGGAUAGCAUUGUUGAUAGCGUGUGUGAUGUGAUAUCUGAAAAUCUGAGUCUGUGUGGCAAUAGCUGUACAGAUAAGGAAAUUGCCUGCAAGUUCUUUGCAUUUGGCCCCUUUGAGUCAUAUAGGCAAUCGCAGGCACUUUUCAUGUCUCACUUUGAUCUGUAUGUCUCCAAACGGUUUAGCAAUAAGCACAUUGGCAAUAUAACAGAUAACAAUUUAAGGAUGUCCUUAAGAGAGGCAAGGAACAUGGAAGAAAGGUUAUCGGAUGCAGUGUAUGCAUAUAUUUCCACGAAAGCGGAACUGUGCGGAGAACAAGCGAAAUUGGCACUUGUUUCUAACUAUAAUAAUGUUCAUCCCAGCCAAGUGGCUUCAUGUUCAUUGGAAGCUCAAAGUACAGUGGAGCUUCUAGAUCAAGAAGAGAGUAUAUUAGAUCAGCAAUUGGAGGAUGCAGUGAAGAAUUUUGUCUCCUACCGCACGAAUCUCGCGCUGGAGACUGCAGCAAAAGCUGCAUUGAAUAUUAGAGAAGAAGUCCAUAAAGACCUGGCGUUCCUGCUCGACACAACCCAGCAGGCUUUGGCCCUCGACAAGCUGUUAUAUUGCGCCCUCAGAAGUGAGCUGCGCUCGCUAGAGGAACUAUUGCAUUUCGCCUCGCACCUGCGAAAGUUCUUGAUGUCGGAGGGUGAGGCUGUAUGCAGCAGGAUUGAGUCAAUGAACGAAAUAUGCUUGGAGCAAGCGCUCGCUGAGCAGAGACUGCAGACCUCAAACAUUCUCCAGGGUACUCUAUGUUCCAUACUUGGUGCAGAUUCUAUCAAUGACCCUACGGUCCUUGUUAGACUACAUAUUGAACUGAAGAAGUGUAUUCAGGAUCUAAACGAUAAUAUUUCUGAGGCUUUCAAGAAGAAAGAGGGAGCAAUAAACGAUUACAAGCAGCGGUACGAGCCACUGCGGCAGUACGUGUGGGACGGCUGCACCAGACAGCCCAACUGCUCGGACGUGGCGGUGGCAGCCCUGAGCCACCGGCUGAGGAGGGAGAUGGACGCCGUGGACGCCGAGGUGCUGGCUGCCAGCGGCAGCUUCACCGCCGUGAAGAAUGGCGACAAGCAGAAUCUGAGGAAGAUUUGGCAAUGGUUUUUGUCGGAUCAAGCGAAACUGUUGUCAAUGGUGAAAUCUGUACAGUCCAAGAGCUUUAUG